AAGAUUCCAUAGUUCUGAUUACCGAUUAACUGUGCGAAAACAUCUUGAUCUUAGAUAUCACAAAUCACAAAAUUGAAAAUAGUCUGUGCCUUGAUACCUCAUCAAUAGUCCAUAAUAAUAAUAUGAUCUAUACUAAUUGUUAUAAUAAAUGAUAAUACAUAAAUUAUCAAGUAUCAAUUAUAAAUAAUAUUUUUACAACAAUCUUUCUUAUACAUUUAUAGUUAAUAUAACAUUUUUUGAUAUUUGCUAUUAUUGACUAAUAACUGAUUAAUCAUGCCUUCUGCUAUUGAUACAAAAAAUAUAACUAGAAGAGAAAUUCUUGACAUGAUGAACGAAAAAGAAAAACUUGAACAACAAUUGAAAUCUCUUGGAGAAGUUUUGCAAUCGCACAGAGUUGGUAUGGACGAACCUUUAGUGGAUAACCAAGACUUUCCCAGGAAUGACAUUGAUGUAUACCAAAUAAGAUUAAUCCGUAAUCGUAUUAUUUGUACACGUAAUGAUUUAAAUGCCAUAAUGGAUCGUAUUGAAAAAUGUUUAAAUGCUUAUUUUACGCAAAGCAAUCAUAAUGAACCUGAACAACACCUACAUAAUGGACAUUGUAGUUUGAAACCAGAUAAUUAAUAACUCAACAAAUAUUAUAAUUUGUAUAUACACUUAAAUAUUAUUUUAAAAUAUAACUUUAAACUUUUACUUAUGAUUAAUA